UGAAAUGACGAGGCAGUGGUGACAAGGAGAGAGGUAUAUAUUCUAGAGCUGAGAAGCCACACACAGUCUCAUAUCCUUCCUGGCUGCUUCUUCCUUCAGAAAUACAACAGUUUAAGGUCACCAUGCAUUCAUUUGCUGAAGCAACUACAAAAUUCGCACUUGAGCUGUACUGUCAGCUCAGAGAAACAGAGGACAACAUCUUCUGCUCCCCAAUCAGUAUCAUGACAGCUUUAGCAAUGCUGGAUCUUGGAGCCAAAGGAAACACUAAACAACAAAUUGAGAAGGUUCUUCAAUUCAAUGGAACCACAAAGAAGACAACGGAAAAAUCUACAGACUGUCACGAUGAACAAUCAGAAAAUGUCCAUCACCAGUUUCAAAAGCUUAUGACUCAAUUAAACAAAACCAAUGAUGCUUAUGACCUGAAGUCUGCCAAUGGUAUCUAUGGAGCAAAGGAUUUCCCAUUUCUCCAGGAAUUCUUAGAAGACAUUAAGGAGUUUUACCAAGCCAAUGUGGAAUCACUUGAUUUUGUACAUGCUGCAGAAGAAAGCCAAAAGAAGAUUAAUUCCUGGGUGGAAAGCCAAACAAAUGGCAAAAUCAAAGACUUAUUUCCUCAUGGGAGCCUGAGCAGUGACACUAUAAUGGUUCUAGUGAAUGCAGUGUAUUUCAAAGGACAAUGGGAUCACAAAUUUGAUGAAAAGCAGACUGUAGAAGAAAAUUUUUGGCUGAACAAGAGUACUAGUAAUCCUGUCCAGAUGAUGAAACAAAGAAGGAAGUUUAACGUUAACUUCGUGGAGGAUGUACAGGCCAAGAUUGUGGAACUACCAUACAAAGGCAAAGAACUAAGCAUGUUUAUCCUACUACCAGAUGAAAUCGAUGGUCUGAAGAAGCUUGAAGAUAAGCUCACUGCUGAUAAGUUAAUAGAGUGGACAAGCCCACAGAAUAUGCACGUAGUAGAAUUGGAUUUAUCAUUACCUCGAUUCAAAGUGGAAGAGAAGUAUGACCUCCCAGCUCCAUUGGAACACAUGGGGAUGGUGGAUGCCUUCAUUCCUCAGAAGGCCGACUUCUCGGGCAUAAGUGGCAGUCAAGGUCUUGUGGUGUCUAAUAUUUUACACAAGUCCUUUAUUGAGGUAAAUGAAGAGGGGACAGAAGCUGCAGGUGCCACAGGGGUAGAAGUCUCUGUAACAUCAAUAUCAAUACCCGAAGUUGUUACUUGUGAUCACCCUUUCCUUUUCUACAUCAACUACAAGAAGAACAACAGCAUCCUCUUCCUUGGCAGACUGUCUUCCCCUUAAGUGCUAUUGUUCUACUGUGCUACUGGUACUGAAGUUAACUGAGGCCUGGAAACAACAGUUUCUCUUGCUUCAUUUUAAUUUCCCAUCUCAGAAUCGUCACUAAGAAUGUAGUGUUGAAGAAGAAAAUCUCUAUUUUUCACUUUCUAUGCACCAAUAUAAACCUAGUUCCUCCAUACAAACAUUCUCUGGCAAAAAAGAACAAGUUCAAUAAAAGGAUAAGGGGAUAUUUUAAUGUAUUUUCUUUUAAUCUAACAUCUAUCUGUGACCUGUUUUAAAUUAAAUAAAGUUAAUCACAUAUUUUUAACUGA